AUGAAGAAAUAAUUGACUUCUAUGACUUCAUGUCCCCUCGUCCUGAAGAAGCAGCUAUGAGAAGAGAAGUGGUGAAAAGAAUAGAAACAGUCAUCAAAGAUCUUUGGCCUACAGCUGAUGUCCAGAUAUUUGGCAGCUUUAGUACAGGGCUUUAUCUUCCAACUAGUGAUAUUGAUCUAGUUGUUUUUGGGAAAUGGGAACGGCCCCCUUUACAGCUGCUAGAGCAAGCACUAAGGAAACACAACGUGGCCGAGCCAUAUUCCAUUAAAGUACUUGAUAAAGCUACGGUACCAAUAAUAAAACUUACUGACCAGGAGACAGAAGUGAAAGUUGACAUCAGUUUUAAUGUAGAAACUGGUGUGAAGGCAGCUCGGUUUAUCAAGGAAUAUAUGAAGAAAUAUUCUUUGCUGCCUUAUUUGAUUUUAGUAUUAAAACAGUUCCUCCUUCAGAGGGACUUGAAUGAAGUUUUUACUGGUGGAAUUAGCUCUUACAGCCUAAUUUUAAUGGCAAUUAGUUUCCUGCAGCUGCAUCCAAGAAUUGAUGCCAGAAGAGCUGAUGAAAACCUUGGAAUGCUUCUGAUAGAAUUUUUUGAACUCUAUGGAAGGAAUUUUAACUACUUGAAAACUGGUAUUAGAAUAAAAAAUGGAGGUGCCUACAUUGCCAAAGAAGAAAUCAUGAAAGUCAUGACUAAUGGAUACAGACCAUCUAUGCUAUGUAUCGAAGAUCCUCUCCUGCCUGGAAACGACGUUGGCAGAAGUUCUUACGGUGCCAUGCAAGUGAAACAAGUUUUUGAUUAUGCCUACAUUGUUCUUAGCCAUGCAGUAUCACCACUUGCAAGAUCAUAUCCAAAUAGAGAUUCUGAGAGCACACUAGGUAGAAUCAUCAAAGUGACCCAAGAAGUGAUUGACUACAGGGCCUGGAUUAAAAAGAAGUGGGGGAGCAAAAUUAAUUUAUCACCUGAACUUGAUAAUAGGUUGAAAAUAAGAGACCAGAUAGCUCCGUGUAAUGGAGAGCAGCAUCAGAACAGAGACUCUGAACCAUCAUACAACCAACGCUUGACUCUGUCAUUGGCUAGUACACAACAGUUAUCCUCUGGCUCAUCUGCCUCUUCUGUAUCAUCGCUCUCCGGCAGUGACAUUCAGCACAGUGGAAUGAAGUUUUCCAUGAAAGGAACUCAUAACCAAGGCAACAGCUACAGCCCUGUCAGCACUGGAGGCAUGAGGCAACCAGUUGGUAACCGGGGACACCACCAGUACAAUCGUAAUAUAUGGAGAAGAAAAAAACACAGGGACAGUUUGCCUAUUAGCCUGAGCAGAUAAUGGCAGAUGCCAAAAUGACCUUCCCUGCUCAGACAAACUGAGUGCCACUCGACUUGAGGGAUGGAGACCAGCGCCCAGCACAUCGUUUUCUUGGUGUUGCCAAAUAUCUGCAGCUGACUUCUUUGCAUGUUUCUUUGUGUGGUGGUUCAGUCCAUCUUCAAGAAGUAGUUGUGCUUAUCUGUGAAGCCUUAUUAAAUGUGGAAGUUUUGUUUUCUGCCUUCCCACAAUGGUUCAUACAGUGCCGAAGCAGCUCUGACCAUGGAACUGCAAGGACAUUUACAAAGGCUGUGGCUUUUUUGCUGUGGCUGCAUCUGUUCCUCUGUGGGUUCUGUUUUCUUUUUAUUUUGGAAGUGAACGAAACUUCAGCCCCGUGGAAUUCUUCUUUUUCCUUGCAGCAAAUCGAGUUGGGAAUUCAUAAAAGUAAAUUUGCUGCUCUCCUGGUUUUGUUUCAAGGUUCAGAAUUUUUUUCUCUGUAAAUAUUGGAAAUAUAAUUUGUGCAAUAACUUGGAAUUUUUAAUUUAAUUUCAUAUUGUCACAUAAGUUAUAUUUAAGGGGAAGAGGUUUUUUAAUUUACAGAUCCUUUCCCAGGUUGCAUUAUCUAAGUUGGGUUCAUAGUUUUGGCAGGUUGUCUGAGCAGUGUUACAAACAUGACGUUUGGGGUAAUACUUGAGGCUUCUUGAUUCACAAUGAAAGCGCAAUUUGGCUUACGGUUUUAAGAAGGUAUUAAGCUCCAAAGCAUUUUGACCCUGUGUUUUUUAGCUCAUUGUCUGGCCUCUUAUCAGUCGUCUCGCUCUGACCGAUGAGUUUUAAUUUUAUUCCUUUAACUAGACAACAAAUCCAGCGUUUGUAGUACCAGAAGUAAAACUUUUGAGAGGGAGGGGGAAAACGGUUGGCUCGAGUCCUGACAUGAAAUUUCAAGGCGUGUAGUUCACAGCUUUUUUGGGUUUUUUUGCAUUUUAGUGAUGUAACCUGUUAACGUUUGGGUUCGAACAACGUUAUUAAACAGAGGUACCCGGCUUAAGGAAUGUGGAGAAAGGAAAUAUGUUGAUUCCAUUGAGGAAUCUGUAUAGCAGUAUGCAUUAGUUCUGUUAAGAGCAAAUAUAUAAAAAGUACUUCAGCUGCUCUAAGCGUUACGAGAAGUAUCUUUUAAUGUAUUGCAGGAGAGCACAGCCCGGUGUUGUACACAGUAUGAGUGGCUGGCACUUAAUUUACAGAUGCAUACAGGUAUACUAUGCAAGUGUGUAUUGCCAUGACAAACACUGUCUUUAACUUUUUGAAAAAUGUACAUCCUGCCUAACCCUGAGUUUUUAAAGCACCACAGUUGUCCUGGGAGUAGGUCACAUCUCGCGCCCUCUGACUUCCCCUUUUUUUUAAUGAGCGUUCCGAAGCUGUACAGAAAACUGCAGAUCAGUUGUAAGUCCACUAGCAGAGAAAGCUGAAGAAUCCCGUUAACAGGACAUCUAUACAGUGUACAGGUAGAGAAGGUUUUAAAACUGAUAUCCGAGUGUUAAAAUGAGGUGUCAAGCAUGAAGCUUUUUAAUACGCUGUAUGCCUUUGAAGCAGAAGUAGUUCGUGUUGUUACUGAAUCUGUCGGACACAAACAGGUCCUUGAGGGGAGAGAGGGCAACAUUCCAACGUAGAGUAGCGCCUAUCUGUUUGCAAAAAGUUUGUCUUAAUGCUCCAGACUCAUCACAAUUUACAAAGUUUUAAAAAUUGUGAGCUGAUCCAUAAAUAAUAUCUAAGGGCUGUUACAGGAGCCUGUACUGCUUGGUCUUCACACACUAGCAAUAUUGAGCCUAACUCCAUUUAAAGAGCCCGCCGAGGCUUCAGUUGGUGUCUUACGCUAGCGCCCAUUUUAAAGCAAAACUCAUCCGAAAAGUGGUAUCAUGUAACACUUCAGUCAUGGUGAACCAAAUAAAUUGGCCUGGCGAUCACUGUGGUUAUGUGCUACAGGUUUAAAAGAAAUCAUGUUUAAAUUUUUUGUGUGGACAACUAUGUGGAAGCUAAAAUUGACAUAUUUUUAUGUAAAGUUUUCUAUUCUUUGAUUUUUAAUAAACUUUGGAGACCAG